CAUACUUAUUGUAAUGGCCGUUUCUGUUUUUUGUUAAGCUCACUUCGACCCGUGAUUUGUAUACGCCUACCUAGGCACAGGCGCAGGUGAUUUUAGGUCACGCCCACCGCUCUAGCAUAGUUGGAAAGUAAUGUCGGGCGGCGUGGCAUGUUUUGGGCAAGAUAAAAAGAUUUUACCACACACCUAAUACAAGCAUUUUGGAUUAUGGAAAUAGAAAACAUUUGUUAGAACUUCAUGCAAAGAAGACCAUUGGAAUAAACAGAACUCUAUUUUGGAAACUUGUGUUUGUGCGUAAACUUGAAGCCGAAUCCACGUCACCCACGGCCUUUAGUUUGGAACAUUGGAAAAUGGAAAAAAGGCCGUUACAUUAAGUAAAAUCUUUCUUUCGUUUGGACAUCGAACUUGGAAGAUAUCGAAUUGAAUUGGAUUAUCUGUUGGAACGUUUCUGUUGGAUUACUGGAAUUUGGAAGCCGAAACGAGAAGACGUGAGUAACAGCUGACUGACUAACAGCUGACUCUGAAGCAACCCGCAACGUCGGGGUGGACCCGCUUGAGCUGCAGUUUAAAGACUUAAAAGAAGACAAAGCAAAGACUCUUUAGUUUGAAAACAUUCUUUGGAUUUUUGCGGAAACAAACCUAGUUGGAACAUUAUGCAGCAGGAGCAGGAAGAUUUGGGAAAGGAAAGGGAAGUUUUAAGUUUAAUUAAGAAGCGAAGUGGAAAACUCGGCGCUCUCACACGAAAGCGGAAUGAAAUUCACACUUUGAUCGAUAAUGGAGAGAAUACCACCGUCAUUGAAGAACACAUGAAAGUUUACAAUCGUUUCCUGGAGGAGUUUAUGGACGUACAAGUGGCUGUGCAAAGCUUAUUGAACGAGGACGAGAGAGAAUCUGACCACACCGACUGGUAUGAACCCAAAUUGAUAAACUGCAGAGAAUUUAUUGAUGACAUAGAAACGUGGCUAAAACAAGACGCCUCGCAGGAUGCCGCUAAUAAUGUAAGCGCCGUGGAAAAUGUGUCUCACGCUGCAUCUCGUAAAAGCUAUGACGUAGAGCCCCACGAUAGCGUCUCACAGACCGCAAAACCCGCACGCCCCAGUAGCAAAGCAGCUGCGAGCAAGUCCUUUAGUUCAUCCUCUGCCAGUAGAAAAAGUAAAACCCUUUCAGAGAUGGCAAUUCAGGCCGAGCUGGAGCGCGUAACCCUGCUAAAGCAGGCUGACGCGUUACAAGAAAAACACGCGCUUGAACUUGAAGAAGCCCAAUUAAACGCAGUAAUGAAAGCCAAAAGAGAAACGCUGUCCGUUAAAACUAAUUUGGCCAUCGCAAAGGCGAAGUCACAGGUGUUUAAAGAACAAGAAGAAACACAAAAAUCGAAAAGUCUAGCGUCCUCUGGAGCCUCUACACCCACACAAUUCAUAUCGCCCCAAAGAGCUAUGAAACAGACAAAAAUGUCACCGGCUCCCGUUCCGUUGUCUACCGUUGGACCUACUACGUCAGUCGCCCCCCCCAUAUAUGCAAAAAGCAAAGCAAAAACACGUCAUCUACAGCAAAGUGCAGACAGUAAUAAUGACCAACCCGAUUUAGCUGAAGCAAUGCGCAAACAAAAUGAGAUUACUGCAAUGCUGAUUAAGCAGCAGAGACAGUCACUUUUACCACCCAUACAAGUACCAGUUUUUGAUGGUGAUCCCCUGCAAUUCAGAUCCUUUAUCAAAGCAUUUGAACAAGGCAUUGAGAGCAAGACAGAUGAUAUGCAGGUUAAGCUUUAUUAUUUAGAGCAAUUCACAUCUGGGCAGCCCAGAAAGCUGGUGCAGAGCUGCAUGCAUAUGAGCCCACAAACUGCAUUCGGAGAGGCUAAAAAGCAGUUGGAGUGGAACUUCGGAAGCAAAGUGAAAGUUACAGCUGCAUUUCUGAACAAGGCAUUGGAUUGGCCAGCCCUGAAAGCAGAUGACGGCGUAGGUGUAGCAUUAAGAUCAUACACAUUUUUCCUAAGAACCAGUUAUAACACAACGGAGGACGCCGGAUAUUUGGACGAAAUGGAAAACUCCUCACACAUGAAGGUGUUCGUCUCCAAGCUGCCGUUCAGGAUGCGUGAGUCCUGGAGGAUGAAAGUGUGCAGCAUCAGAGAGGAGCAAAAACGGAGAGUGAAAUUCAAAGACCUACUGGACUUCCUGGAAAGGCAAGUGAGAGCUGCAAUGGACCCCGUCUUCUGUGAAAUUCAAAAUACAAGAGCAAAAGCCACAACACCACCAACCCCCAAGUCAAUUGGAAAAGCCAAAGGCAGCAGCUUCGCCACCUCUGUUGCUCAGGUGCCACACCAGAGUGACACGCCCAACGCUGGAAAUGCAGGCAAAAUUCAGUGCUUGUUUUGCAAUGACGGCCACAUACUUGACAAGUGCACAACAUUCAAAAAGAAACCAAACAAAGACAAAAUUACGUUUUUACAGAGCAAAGGCGUGUGCUUUGGAUGCUUAGUACAAGGUCACUUAAGCAGGAACUGUCAAGAAAGGCUGACAUGCCGCACCUGCAGUAAGAAUCAUCCAACAGUUCUGCACAUCGAACCAAAACCUCAGAACACCCCAGCCGACCAUGAAACACAAACGGUCUCCAACGCACUUGUGUCCUUGGACUCUGAAGGUGAUACUGGGGUCGGUUCUAAAGAAUGCUCGCUGUCUGUUCUACCUGUCAAAGUCAGACUAAACAAAAGCACAAAAGUAAUCGAAACAUACGCUUUCUUGGACCCAGGCAGCUCAGCCACAUUCUGUACGGAGUCAUUAAUGACUCAGCUGAACGCACCUGGACAAAAAAUGGACAUACUGCUGAAGACGAUGGGGCAGGAGCAGUAUGUGAGUAGUCAUAAGAUCUCUGGCUUGGAAGUAGCUGCCUUAAAUGACAACAAAUUCUUGAGACUGCCAGAUGUGUACACUCAAAAGUCAAUCCCUGUCACGAAAGACAACAUACCCAAAGAAGAAGACCUUAAAAAAUGGCCUUACUUACAAGAAGUGGAACUGACGCCCAUCAAUGCAAGUAUUGGACUGCUGAUUGGUGCAAACGCACCUAAAGCACUGGAACCAUGGAAAAUAGUCAACAGUGAAGGUAAUGGACCCUACGCUGUCCAGACUCGUCUUGGAUGGGUCAUCAACGGCCCACUUGGACAAGAAGAUAGCGACGACAGCGAUACAGCUUCCGUACAGGUGAAUCGCAUCUCAUUAGGAAAAUUGGAAGAAAUGUUGAUUAAGCAGUAUAAUCAAGAUUUUGUCGAACAGCACUGUGACGAACACGCUGAAUUGUCUGUGGAGGACAAACAGUUUAUGGAAAUAAUGUCAAGCUCAGCAACACUUACCAAUGGUCAUUACUACCUGAAGCUGCCAUUCCGCGACUCCAAUGUAGUGAUGCCCAACAACAAACAAGUCGCCCAGCAGAGGGCGCAACAGCUGCUGAAAAGGUUCAAAAGGGACCAGUCAUUUUUUGAGGAAUACAAAGGAUUCAUGCAAGAUGUUAGCACAGAGGGAUACGCCGAGAUCAUACCUCAAGAUCAGCUGAGCCAUGAGGAAGGUAAAGUCUGGUUCUUGCCGCAUCACGGAGUCUACCACCCCCGCAAGAAAACAUUACGCGUGGUGUUCGACUGUGCCUCAUGUUUUGCUGGAACAUCCCUGAACAAACAGCUCCUCCAAGGCCCCGACCUGACAAACACCUUGUUAGGUGUGCUCACCCGCUUUCGUCAGGGUCCAAUGGCACUAAUGACUGACAUCAAAGGAAUGUUCCAUCAAGUCAGAGUGGCUGAGGAACACGCAAAUUACUUGCGCUUUCUGUGGUGGCCUAACGGCGACCUAACCAAAGACCUUGCUGAGCACAGAAUGUUAGUCCACAUCUUCGGAGCAGUGUCCUCCCCCAGCUGUGCUACAUACGCCCUGCUAAAAACUGCUGAGGAUAAUGCACAUCUGUAUCCAGAGGAGGCCAUUAGCACCAUCAGAAAGAAUUUCUAUGUCGAUGAUGCCCUCAAGUCAGUUCAUUCAGUCGAACAAGCCACCUCUCUCUACCAGCAACUCACCGAGGUAUGUGCUAAAGGAGGGUUCAAGCUCAAUAAGUGGAUAUGCAGUGACCGCUCUGUUCUCUCUGAGAUCCCCGAAGCAGAUCGAGCCAGUGGAGUGAAAACACUUGACCUAAGCAGAGACCAGCUGCCUAUGGAAAGAGCCCUAGGCGUCCAGUGGGAUGUUGAACAAGACUCCUUCACCUUCAGCAUUCUGAACAAGCACAAGCCACUGACAAGACGUGGAAUACUGUCAAGUGUGAGCUCCAUUUACGACCCACUAGGGUUCUUAAGCCCGGUGAUACUCCCCGCAAAGCAGAUUCUGCAGCAGCUGUGCAAGUUGAAGCUGGCGUGGGAUGAGGCAAUACCACCAGAGAUGGCACAAACAUGGCAAAGGUGGGUGGAUGAUUUGAUUCUGUUACACUCAUUCAGUGUCAGAAGAUGCUUCACACCUAGUGAAUUUGGAAAUGUAGAAAUGGCACAGCUGCAUCACUUUUGUGAUGCCAGCGAAGUUGGAUUCGGUGCCGUAUCAUACUUACGGCUAACUAACAGCGAGAAGGAAGUGUGUGUUGCUUUUGUUAUAGGCAAAGCAAGGGUGGCUCCACUCAAGCACGUCACCAUACCUCGCCUGGAACUGGCUGCAGCAGUCGUUGCUGUGCGCCUGGACAAGAUGCUGUCAAAACAGUUGGAGCUCAACCUCAGUGAGUCAGUCUUUUGGUCCGACAGCAUGACCGUCCUAAAAUACAUCGCAAACACCACCACUCGCUUUAAGACCUAUGUAGCCAAUAGAGUUUCCAUCAUAAGUUCACUGUCUAAUGUCGGUCAGUGGAGACAUGUUGGCUCUAAGAUGAAUCCUGCAGACGCAGCUUCGCGAGGCAUGAAAGUUGGAGCCUUCCUGAAGUCCUCAACCUGGAUCACUGGUCCUGACUUUCUCGGAAAAACCGAGCGUGAGUGGCCAGCAAGCGUGGACAAAGCAUCGCUGCAUCCGGACGCUGACCCAGAAGUGAGAGAGGAGGUCCUUUCCUUCGCCGCACAGGCGGAAGAAGUAUGUCCCACCACUAAACUGUUGCUGCACUUCUCUAGCUGGACAAGGCUCAAGAGAGCCGUGGCAUGGAUUAUGAAACUGAAAGAAAAGCUAAGGCUAAAGAUAAAAGAAAAUGCACAAUGUGGAGAUCAAACUCCUGUCAAACAGGUAAAGAAAACAAACUACUUACCACUCACAGUCGAUGACCUGCUCUUAGCAGAGGAGGCAAUAGUGCGCUUUGUGCAAAAGAAACAUUACUCCAGCGAAUUGGCUGCACUGAAAUCAGGUGGUGUAAAGAAAUCCAGUCAACUGUACAAACUUGACCCCAUUGCCAUUGAUGAUGUAUUGAGAGUUGGUGGUAGGCUGAGCAGGUCCGCUCUACCUGUGGAAACAAAACACCCUGCAAUACUACCAAAAGAAAGUCACGUCUCAAAGCUCAUUCUUCAACAUGUACACAAUAAAGUUGGUCACAGGGGAAGAAAUCAUAUGCUCUCAACCCUACGACGACAGUACUGGAUUCCUCAUGCAAAUGCAGCAGCCAGAAAGAUCAUCAGUGAGUGUGUGAUAUGCCUAAAGCAGCGCCAAAGACCAGGUGAGCAGAAAAUGUCUGACCUGCCUGUUGACAGAGUCACAGCUGAUGCCCCACCAUUCACACAUGUGGGCCUAGAUUAUUUUGGGCCAAUAGAAGUUAAGAAAGGCAGAAGCCUAGUUAAAAGAUAUGGAGCACUUUUUACUUGCCUAACCUGUCGCGCAGUACACCUGGAGGUGGCGCAUUCCCUCAAUACAGAUUCCUGUAUAAACGCCAUCAGGAGGUUUAUCUGCCGCAGAGGCCAAGUCAAAGAAAUCCGGACGGAUAAUGGAACCAACUUCGUCAGCACAAACCGUUUAUUCAAGAAGGAUGACCUGUACGCUCGGAGACGCUGGAGGCAAGUGCAAUACAUCGCCGACCUCUUCUGGAAGAGGUGGACGACCGAGUACCUCCCUCAACUGCAAGAGCGGCAGAAGUGGAACAAAGUUCACAGAAACUUCACAGUUGGUGACAUCGUGCUCGUGGUGGAAGAGUCCGCACCCAGAGGUGCGUGGCCCAUUGGGCGCAUCACCGACACCAUGGCAGACUCCAAAGGGUGCGUUCGACGGGUCCGUGUCAAGACACAGACCAACGAGUUGGAAAAGCCCAUCACCAAGAUCUGCCUCCUGGUGGGGGUAGUUUAAGGGGCAACAGUGAAUGUUCGCCUCCAACGGAGUCAUGUUCUUGAACCUCUGACUCUACACAUCUACAGAUGCUCACUUACUGAUUUAGUCCGUGAUGCAAUAGGCGUCACAACCUUUAUGCUGAAAACAUGCACACAGUCCAUAAGCGCACAGAACACAUGCACACAGACCAUUGCAUACACUUGAAGCCUUUUUUUUCCCUUUCAAGAAGAAGAAUUUUUGUUGUUUACGGACCGAAAACCAUUCGUAAAUGCACUUGAGUAUGAACUUUAAUAACAAUGCAAAAAAAAAACCACAAAAAAGAAAAAAAAAGGAAAGCAAAUAGCAUUGAAUUGUAUGUAAGCUUACAUUUUUCACCGUACUUGUAAUGGCCAUUCACUUGUAUAUAUUGUAUAUAGAUUUAUAAUUACUUGUUGUUCAAGAAUUAGGGGCCGGAAUGUAAUGGCCGUUUCUGUUUUUUGUUAAGCUCACUUCGACCCGUGAUUUGUAUACGCCUACCUAGGCACAGGCGCAGGUGAUUUUAGGUCACGCCCACCGCUCUAGCAUAGUUGGAAAGUAAUGUCGGGCGGCGUGGCAUGUUUUGGGCAAGAUAAAAAGAUUUUACCACACACCUAAUACAAGCAUUUUGGAUUAUGGAAAUAGAAAACAUUUGUUAGAACUUCAUGCAAAGAAGACCAUUGGAAUAAACAGAACUCUAUUUUGGAAA